UUUGCGUUAGUAACCACAUCCAAGUGGUUGUAAAUAACCUUAACCAGUAGUCCACUCCCAAUGAGAAGAAUGGAAAACAGCUGAUGGAAGGGUGGCAAUAUUUAUUCUGAGGUCGAAGCUUCCACGUAUCAGCUAUGAAGGUUGGUUUGAUAAGCCCUUAAGUUCCUGAAAUCAAAGUAAAAACUUCUUCCGAGCUAAACAUGUUGAGACUCAUCAUACCUGUUCAACUAAGGAAUAAGUGUGCCACCUUGAAGUUGACCUAAAUGUGACACGUGGAGUUAAUGAUUACCUUGCUGGUGGUGUGAAUUUGGUUCUCUGGAGCCACAAGCAGUACACCUGUAGAGCAACCUCCAGAAAGCAGCAUGUCUCCCCUGAUCUUUGGUGCUGGGCUGGUGGUUCUGAACCUAGUGGCCUCUGCUAGGGGCCAGAAGUCAGAACCCUUUAUUGGCUCUGGGGACCAGCCGCUCUUCCAUGCAGCAAACCGGUAUGAUUUUGCCAUCAUGAUCCCACCAGGGGCCACAGAAUGCUUUUGGCAAUUAGCCCAUCAGACUGGAUACUUCUAUUUCAGCUAUGAGGUUCAGCGGACACUGGGAAUGUCACAUGGCUGGCAUGUUGCUGCCACUGCAUAUACCCCACAGGGCUUCCUGAUAGAAACCUCCCAGGAUGUUCGAGGCCAGAUUAACUUCUCUACCCAGGAGACAGGUUUUUAUCAGCUUUGUGUAAGUAACCAGCAAAACCACUUUGGUUCUGUACAAGUGUAUCUAAACUUUGGAGUCUUCUAUGAGGGGCCGGAGAUGGACCAGAGAGAGAAGAAUGAAAGAAAACAACUGAAUGAUACUCUGGACGCACUUGAGGAGAGUACAAGGAAGGUGCAGAACAACAUCUUCCACAUGUGGCGUUACUACAACUUUGCCCGGAUGCGGAAAGUGGCCGACCUUUUCCUUCUCCAGUCAAACUAUAACUAUGUGAACUGGUGGUCGGCAGCCCAGAGCUUUGUAAUUGUUCUUUCUGGGACUCUGCAGUUGUAUUUCCUGAAGCGGCUCUUCAAUGCUCCCACAACUACAGAGACACAGAAGCCAAGAUGCUAAGAGGACACAGAAGCUUGGAUCUUGUCUUCUGGGCAGGAAACAGUCCAAUCAACUUUGUAAAGUUAUUGGAAAAAACAAUUUCUGGUGUCAGAAUUUUUUGACUCUUGCUCUCAUCUACAAAGAAUUCAACAAAAGAAAAACGAUGGAAGUUUUCUUUGAAAUAUAUAUGUAUGAAAAUAAAAGCUUACGUUGUCUAA